AUGGGUUCUACGUCAAACCCUAAUCCAUGGGCUCCAUAUGAAUCAUACAACGAUUGCUCUCAGGGAGUAUGCAACAUCUACUGUCCCCAAUGGUGUUACCUCAUCUUCCCUCCUCCUCCUCCUUCUUACUUCCUCGACGACGAAGACGACUCUUCCUCCUCCUCCAACUUCUCCCCUCUCCUCAUCGCUCUUAUCGGAAUCCUCGCCAGCGCCUUCGUCCUCGUCAGCUACUACACUCUCAUCUCAAAGUACUGUCAUCGCCGCCGCGAACACUCCACCUUCUCAUCCGAAACUCCUGGCCGUGAUCGCGUCGGCUUCUUCUCCUCCGCCAUCGAUUCCAGGCAAGGAAACUCGACUGCGGCGACUGGUGAUGGCCUCAACGACUCUCUGAUAAAAUCGAUUACGGUUUACAAAUACAGAAAUGGCGAUGGAGUCGUCGAUGGCUCUGAUUGCUCUGUUUGUUUGAGUGAAUUUGAAGAGAACGAGAGCUUGCGUUUGUUGCCGAAAUGCAACCACGCGUUUCAUCUUCCUUGUAUCGAUGCUUGGUUGAAAUCUCACUCUAAUUGCCCGCUCUGCCGCGCUUUCGUCACCGGAAUUAACCCCACCGCCGUGGCUGACUCAGUCGCUAACCAAUCGAGUUCCGGUCAUCGAAUCGCGGCGGAAUCCGGUAAUCGCGGCGGAGGAAAUGCGGCGAACAGCUCCUCGCGUAUUGCCAGUUACCAUCACCAAUCUGGCGAUUCUGUCGUCGUAAUCGAAGAUCUGGAAAUCGGAUCUCGAAAUGUUAACAGCAGAUCGCGUCCACAAUCACCGGAGGAUCAACGGGACACAGCUAAGGAUGAAGAAAAUCCGCAGCCGAUUCGGAGAUCGGUAUCGUUGAACUCAGGCAUGACGGUGUCAAUCGCUGAUGUACUGCGGGAGAUCGAAGACGACGAGAGAGACAGAGUAUACGCCGGCGUCGGAACUUCGCGGCAGCGGCGAGAGGAAUGUAAAGAAGAUGGACAUGGCGAGGGGAAGGCAGCUACACCGACGGAGGUGAAUCAGAGAGGUGGAGUUUCGAGUUUUCUGGUGAAGAGUUCAGUGGCGAUGAAGAGAUCCGUAUCGACGGGAAGAUUUAUCUUCUCGAGGUACGAUCGAGCUAGAAAUUACCGUUUACCCAAUUAA